CAUUCUUCAACCUCUCCUCUUUCUCAGCACAGUACAACUGUCCAAGCAAAGCUUUCUCUCUCCCAAAAGCAUCAAAGAGAGAGGGGGAAUGAGGCCACAGAUCGUGCUGUUCGGCGACUCCAUAACCGAGCAAUCCUUCCGUUCGGGAGGUUGGGGGGCUUCUCUCACAGACACUUACUCUCGCAAGGCCGAUGUGUUGGUUCGUGGGUACGGCGGCUACAACACCAUAUGGGCCCUGUUCUUGCUUCACCACAUAUUCCCUCUGGACUCGUCAAAGCCUCCAGUAGCUACCACGGUCUUUUUCGGGGCUAACGAUGCAGCUCUCUUGGGGAGAUCAAGCGAGAGCCAACAUGUUCCCAUUGAAGAGUACAAGGACAAUCUCAGAAAGAUAGCUUGUCAUCUUAAGGAGUGCAACCCAACCAUGUUAAUCGCUCUUAUCACCCCGCCUCCGGUCGAUGAGGAACGUAAUUAUGCUCGGACCAACGAGGCGACAGGAACUUAUGCCAAGGGGUGCAUAGAGGUGGCCAAGGAGCUGGGGCUCUUCUCAGUCGACCUGUGGUCCAAGAUGCAGGAAACCGAAGGUUGGCAGAAAAAGUACCUGAGGGAUGGGCUACACUUGACGCCAGAGGGAAAUCGAGUGGUGUACAAGGAAGUGAUCAGUGUGUUCAAUGAAACUCGGCUUUCUGCUGAGGAGAUGCCCCUUGAUUGCCCUCGCCAAUCUGAGAUCAACCCAAAGAACCCUGAGAAGGCUUUCCAGCAGAAGUGCCUCUAGGCCAACAAUUGCAUUUUCAAAACCCAACACGACAAGCCGGUCAUGGUCUUAUUCUGUGUAUUUGGUACUUUCGUUGUAUGGACUACUUUCGAAAUAGAGAUGCUGGCAUUUUUCAAUGCGUCUAUGGUUCAUCCAAAUUCAGACAUUCA